AUGAUAAGAAGGAAGAAGAAUAGUGUGGGUGGUGAAGUGGCGCAAGAGCCGUCCAAGCUGCCGUUCGGCGGUACUGGGUCGCUCUCAGACAUCACUGCUCUGGCACAGGUACCGAAAGCUGCAAGCGAGUUGGCGCCAGAACAGGUACGAGAAAAAGUGGUGAUCGUGCUCUUUACCACCAAGGUGGGUCUUUCAGUUGUUAAACUGCUUUACGAUCUUGCAUGUGGACGCGUCGACAUGUCUCUCCACAAGAAAUGGCAGCAGCGCAGACACCAAAUCGGCGCGGACGACGCCAGCUAUAAGAAAAUGGUCAAGAAAUGGACAGGUUCACUUGAGUACGUGUCAACGUUUAUGGACGUGCUCCUCUACAAUAGCAACUUUGCGCUAGAGUAUUCCAACUAUGUGCGCUCCGAAUAUAAGCUUGCGCUUCGUAACCUACUUGAUAAGCCGAACGAAUUUUUACUUAUUGACGAGGACUACAACCUUCUUCUGGAUUUCCUCACGCACACACGUCCGCUAAUAGAAGAGCUUCUCAACGAUGAGUCGCUUUCGACCCUUUUGGCGCGCGUCGUGCGCAAGUAUAAUCGGCUGUUUGAAUUCAACGGGCGCUAUGUAUGGUACACUUUUGUGCGAGGAAAUUUCGAAAACCCACAGCAUCUCUUCCAAAAGUACCUGGCGGUAUUGACCGAUAAACUCACCGCACAGCAGGAGCUGAUACCACAGCUGCAACCGCUUUUUGAGGCAGCUGGUGUCUGUCCCUUGCCGCAUGGCUCCACGAAUGUUGGAGAUGGUAGCGAAAGUGACAAUAACAGUGAUUCCGACCAUUGGGGACAGCAGAGGAAUUCAGCUCAGGAACGUGUUUACUCGUUUGACCUUAACAACGAUGGCACUUUGGACGUUCCAAAUGUUUUCCGGCAGACAAAGUUCAGACAUCAAACUUUGUUCAAAAUUCUCGAUCUCCAUGAGCAAAAUACCGCCCCCAUGGUCAAAUCUCAAUUCAUUACCCUAUGUGCAUUAGUAGAUCCUGUAACCCAGCCAACGCCCAAUGACUCACAUAUAAUAUCCUUGGAUUUACUCUCUGAUAUGUUUUUAGGAUUUUUGCAACCUGAGAUCAUUCAAAUUCCUGCAAACUGGAAGUUUCAUGUCGCCUUCAACCUGCAGAAAAUCGUCAACGCGACUUUACCCAGGUUAAAUUGUCAUGAUUUUCAGAAACUGAAUUCUGUGAACAACAGCGAUGAUUCUGUCGACUGGAGAAAAAACCUGCAUAAAUGGCUUCCUCACGGCCUUAAUACACAGGAUCUAGAACUCAUAUACAUGGUUGAUCUGCUGGCCAUUUACACUAUUCAUAAAUUGUAUCAAGAUCUGCCUGUCCAAAUGAAUCCCUUCUUAGCGCCCAUGAUCUCUCUUUGGAAGAAUCUAACUUUUGUCGUAUUGUUGGGGCUCGAGAUUGAUCGCUUCGAAGAGGAGCAAGAAACUUAUAAUACGCCAGUAAUGGUGCGAGCAACUAUUCGAGGAGCAUCUGCUCUACGAAGUGUUGUCGCCACCAUCUUGAAUGGCCAUGUCGAGUACAAAUCCCAUGACUUCAAGCACGAACCUAUCAAUAUAUUCAUGUCCCCGCACGGUCGCAAGCUUUGCCAUGGGGCAUUGUACACUGACGUGCGUUCUCAUGCCGCGGCUAUGCUUGCUCUCGGUAUUGAAUUAGAAGAUGUCACAAGCCUUUUAAGCGAUUUACAACCGGGGGACAGAUUUGACGAGGAUGUGAAGUAUAUGUUUGAUUACGAAUAUGACAACUAUAAUGAAGUUGACACAGAGGAUAUGGAUGAAGAUGAGCUUGAAGAUGUGGAAUCUAGGGAGAGGAUAAAAGAAAUGAGAGGUUAUUAUAAAAGAUGUCAUUGCACGUUCGAUGAUGACGAAGUACCAGCUGAGGAAGAUGAUGAAGGGGAAGAUAAUAAAAUUGAUGAGACUGGAAGACCUAGCAAAGAUAAUGAAAUCGUCGAGUCUCUACCACCUCCAAACCAUGUCUCAAUUUCAAAUUCGAAAAAGCCUAUUGCAUUUAGGUCCAAAAAGGACGCAGUGGAAUUUGAUUUUAAUGGGAGAGACUGGCGUGACAUUCCUAGGGGGCCUAAUCUUUAUUUCUCUGAAUCCUAUUUUUUCGUGGACCAUCUAUACGCGGAUGUCAUAUAUUUGCUUAUGAGAAAGGGCACGGAGCACAAACUUGAACGUAAGCAUUCUUCUUUCUUAGUAAGAAGCGUGGCAACCUGCGUCAGAAAAGAACAAGAACAAACAAUGCUGAAGUCAGUUGUGCUUGGAGAUGAUGCAGUUCAUGAUAGUGAUGAAGUGGACAUGAUUUCAGAAAAUGAGCUCACAACAGAUUUCAUAUAUGAAAGGUGGUGUGAAGACUCUCUCUUUGAAAAGCUUGAAAGGCAUAAUAGUGGUUUGGCUUGGAGAAUGAUGGAUGAAAUGCUCAUGUGUAGCGGCUAUCGCAGAGUACUGAUAUGGUUUAUCACACAUUUGGAGGUGAAUCAUUCAAUGAUACAAUACAUCUUUGAACUUGUGAUGGGCCUUAGAGGUAACUGUCGAAGUGAAAAUGAUGUGCAACCACCUCCUGCUGGGUUACUGGCACAUUUAAGUACUGAUCAUGAGUUUCCAUUUUCUAGGCAAGGACCUAUCGUACUGUCGAGCAUUGAAAUCAAGAUGUUGCUGCAAGAGUUUUUUACCAAUGCUGCCAUAUUCUUUUCAAAACAUUUACGAGAGUCUUUGGGCGAUGAUGAAGAUGAUGAUUAUAGGGUGGGGAAAGACAUUUCGAUCGAAAUCGUUGGCUUGAUGAAGCUUGUGUGCCUCAUGGUCAAAAAGCUCAUGGAUAGUGAGAAGUUUGAUUUCACUGACUCUGAAUACAUUUUUGAACUUCAAACCUUGCUAAUGAGUUGGAUCUGUAUUGUACCAGAGGCCCGUGAUCUAUUUUUCAGACUAAGGUCUCAAUUGGAUGCGCAUUUGAACAAUCAAUUGCCCUCCCCCAAAUCCCCUGAGACAGAUGAGAGAGAUCCCGUGUUAAAUAGUUCUUUACCAGAUGAUGAAGAAUCUAAAGGCUCGGUUUCUGAAUACAACGAGAGACUCAUUUCGUUACUACCGCCUGUAACUGACAACGAAAACACUGCUGUCACAGCGUUGAGGAGCUUCAUUGGUAAACACUCUUUGACUACAAAAACGGCGGUAUUUGGAAGGAAGGUUAUUUAUCAAGACGGUGAAAUCAUGAAUCUUUACAUGUCUGACAACGAGAUGAAUUGUCGCGAAUUUUUAGCUGAGUUUGGUAUUGAUUAUAAUGAUGUGGUCGAUGGUGCUUAUGACGAUGUUAACGAGAACAUUUAA